UUGCCAUGGCGACACGUUGCCGCCGCAAAAUGGCGGCCGGGCGCCGGGCUUCUCGGCGGCGCGGUCCGCCCUGACGCGAUGGCGGCGGCGGGCUUCGGGGCGCUGCUGCUACUGCUGCUGGCGCCCGCACCGCGGGCUGGGCAGCCCGUCUUUCAGCCUUCGUUUAUCCAUAUGUCUGGGCUAAGAGUUAAUUCGAUUUUUCAUGGAAAUUCUUCAGGAGUUAAUUUUUAUAUAAUUUUAAAUCCUAUAGAUGAAGAGACAGGAAAAUUGCAAGUUUCAAAUUGCAGUGGAAGUAAAACAGAUGGUGAUUGGAAUUUGAGCGUAACGCCUGGUGUGGAUACAUCCGAAGUGAUCAUAGACCUGACUAGAAAUCUUCAGUUGUGUUUGCCCAAUGCCACUGACUGCUGCACAACACCUCUCUGUGUGCUGGAAACACUUCAGGUUUUAGCUUGCCGUGAUUCGGUGGUUCUGGCACAUCUCCUGAUUCAAGCUGAAAUAUAUGCCAACUCUUCCUUUACAGGAAAUGUGUCAGAAGAUGCAUCUGUCAUCCCUAACCAGGUGUUUCAGCCCUUGGGCCCUUGUCCUUGUGACUUGACAGAUGGAGCUUGUGAUGUUCGUUGUUGCUGUGAUCAGGAGUGUACACCAGAUUUGAAGCAGUUAUUCAAUGGAUCAUGUUUCACUGGAGUGUUUGGCGGGGAUGUAAACCCACCUUUUAAUCAGCUGUGCUCUACAAAGACUGAUGAAUAUACUCCUGAUUGGUUUCCCUUCCUUUGCAUACAGUCUUCUCUUAACAAUACACCAUUUCUUGGCUACUUUUAUCAUGGCUCUAUAUCUACACCCAGAGUUCCUUCAUUUAAGAUCCCUUUACAAACGUCUCCUGUGAAAGUUUUCACUGGUUACAGUCAAGGAGAUCCAAUUAUGACAGAAGAAAAUGAAUAUUUUACCAUCCCCCAGCAAUCCAUGGCGGGGCAGUGUGUUGGAAAUGCCCCUGUGGCUUAUCUCCAUGACAUUGAUGUUAAGUGCCUCACUGAUCUAGCAUCUUACAAAGAAGGACUGCCCCACGAUGUGAGAAUAAACAGUGGUACAGGAGGUAUGUUGGACUUCAUCCAACAAAAUGUGAUCUAUAGGACCAUUGCUGACAUGGGCAAAUUCAUUGCUAAAAGCGAAAGCCUUCCUACUACCGAGGUUUUGUGUCAAAAUGUAACCUUUGCAGAGAAUUAUACGUUCAUUUGCGAAGAUGAGAACAUAGAGGGAAUAAACGUCACAGUCUUCCUCGGACGUUUAUGUGAUGGAGAAAUACUGACACAGAGAUUCACAGCCAAAUUCGUAAGCUUGAAGAGUAAUAAUGCAGAAGAACUGUCUGGGAAUCCAGGUUAUCAAGUUGGAAAACCAGUGAGAGCUGCAAAUAUGAAUGCUUCUGAUACUUCUGGCAGCCUAAACAUUUUGCAGCCAGCUGGGAGAGGUUUAUGUGCAUCAGCAACUGAUACACCAGUUUUGUUUGGAUUAGAUUCAUUCACUGGAUGCAUACUAGAAGUUGGUAUUAAUGAAGACUGCACACUUUUAAGAGGAAAUGUAACUGAGAGAUUGAAUUCAUUAAUACAAGCUACUCAUGUUGGAAAGAGGAGCAAUUCAAGUUACAGUGAUGUAAAUGACUGGGUGGAAAUUAUACGUCUUGAUCCAUUUAAUCCUAAUACAAGUGUGAGCACUGGAAACUUGAGAGGCAUUUGUCCAGAUAUUCCUGCAAAUCUGAAUAUUCGCAUAAUUUUUGCUGAUGUGGGUGCAGUACAAGGGAUUCCCCGUCAAGAGAUACUCGCUGUGCAGAUCAGUUACUCGACUGUCAUAUGGCAAUUCCAGUGUGGGCUUACCUGUGAAAACACUGUCAGCUUUCUUCCCAUCACUGCUUCUGUUCAGUUCAUCAAAGUGCCAGCUCAGCCACCGAUUCCAAUGACAAGGUUUCAGAUUAAUUAUACGGAAUUUGACUGCAAUCGAAAUGAUGUGUGCUGGCCGCAACUCUUUUAUCCGGUGACACAGUUCUACACAGGAGAACCCUAUUCCCAAUGUCUUGCUAAGGGCCUGUCACUGGCAUUUCUUGUAUUCCUUGCAGCAAUUUUGAGUAACCCUUGGUUUUCUAAAGUAUGGGAUAACUUCUUGAUUUAAAAAUGUUGAUGUAAAGAAAACCACUUUGUAAAUAUUUUAAGGACGUUUUGGUAAAAUUUAUGGACGGAUAUUGUAUUUUGCAGACAUUUUUAUAUGAACACUUAAAGAUACAUGAAAUAAGUUCUCUUACAGUGUGCAGAAACUGGUUGUAUUAAUAAAAAAUGAAAGUGAUAGAA